GUCUUUUGGCGAACUCCUAUUUUUCUGCAAAUACUUUGUCAACAAUCACAGCUGAACUGCGAUUUAGAAACAUAUUUAUGUUUCACGAUUAAGCAAAAGACUGAAUUACUAUUUGCUACAAGUUCUUUAAUUAACGUAUUGUUAAGGAUGGCAGAGGAAAUUUCUGCUCAAACUAUUAUGACAGACAGCGUAAUGAAUUUGUCAUGGGAUAUAGAAAACUUCUUGCAUGUAAUAGCUUCGCAAAGGUCUUUAAUGUUUGAAUCUAAUGUGCUGCUACUUCCACGAAGAUCAAUGGGUGGCACAGAUGCAUUCUAUUCGCAAGGAUCCACCAUCAGUGGGCCGGAUGUUAUCAUGCCCACGCAGCCUAAGACGACAUGGAAAACGUUUAUAGAUGAAGAAAAAGAUAAUCACGACAAUAUAGACUACGUAUUUAAAGCAAAACCAUUGAAAUAUCCAGAGCUGCAAAAGAGGUUUGAAAUUAGGUAUAAAUUGUCCUUCCAAGAUACGGAAGGAAAGAUUCUACGAGAAUACAACUACUUCGUGUACUCCUACAUCUCAAAUUUUACAAUUCGAGAAAAAUUCGCCAAUGGAAAAGGAGAAGGAGAAGGGUGGACUAACCUAGAUCCAUCAUACCCCGAUAUAAAUUCUCUAUUAUCAAGCGGAAAAUUGAUGUUGAAAUGUUGCUUCAGAGUGAUUGGCUGCUCAACUAGAUGCCAUGCAGCACCUGAGAACGAUUUAAACUACUUUUUGGACAGCUUCAGGGCACUGCAUUCAUCCAAACCGUUUAGUGAUUUCACCAUAGUAGUGGAUGGUAAGACAAUUCCUGUUCACAAGUGUAUUCUAUCUUCCCGAUCACCAGUUUUGGCCGCUAUGCUAAGAGGGGAAACCUUAGAAACGCUCAAUAAUCAACUGGUUAUUAAAGACUUCGAUUUCAAGACGAUGGAGACAUUUAUUUCAUACCUUUACACUGCCGAACUUCGUGAACUUGCUCCCGAAGAAUAUUUUCAGUUGUAUUCUGUUUCCGAUAAGUACGGAUUAGAAUCUUUGAAAAAAUCUUGCGCACACAAAUUGAUCAAGGGUAUGAAUGUGGGCAAUGUGUGUGAAUUGUAUGCUUUAGGGUAUAACUGUAAUGACGCAGCUCUUAAGAGCGCUGCAAAGUCUUUCUUAUUGGAAAAUAUCUCAUCAGUUCUGGCAAGUGAAGGCUGGAGAAAAAUAGCUUUGCAAAACAGUCAACUUGCUGCCGACAUGUUAAAAGAAGUUGGAAUGUCCUAAAUGGCUACUAUUUCUACUGCUACAACUCUUAGACUCCAGUUCUGGUACAUGUGUUGAAAGUUAGUUCCAAUUUAUCCUACUAUUUUUGUAUAAACUUGUUACGAUUAUCAAUGCGAUUCCUACUUUUUUUGUUUGUUCUUGCUAUGUUACUUAUACUGAA